AUGGCUCAAUUUUACGGAACACUUUUGGUGCUUUUACUCGCUGGCCACAGCCAAACGGCCAAGUUGCGUCUGCAGCUGAUGUGGCGCAGCUUCAACUGUGCGGUCAAUACGGAUUAUAUUUCCCAACACAAGUGCCUCAUCUUGGAGGCGGACAGGUCGCUGCUCACCGCGGAACUGCACUACAUUAAGGAUGUGGCCAAGUAUAAUGCCACCUUCAAGCUGCUUAUGCCCCAAAAGCCCAACACCAAGUUUCAAAAGGUUAUAGACGUCAAUGUGGAUAUAUGUCAGUUUGCCAAGGGAGUUCAUGGUCACCGAUUCAUGACCGUUGUGAUUAAGGCUUUCGGUAAGCAGGGUUCCCAGCUAAAGUGUCCCCAUCCAAAGGGCCUUUAUGUUUAUCCCAACAUUAAUAUAGCCGAGAAUUUGCCCGCCUUUUUGCCAGAGACUGAAUUCAGAAUUGAAAUGAAUUUCUUGACAACGGAAACACAUUUGCUUAAUACCAGUCUGGCUGGAUUUUUGUAUAAUUCCCAAAAGAAAAUAGGGAAAUUAAUUUGA